AUGGCCGCACCACUACGCUGCAUUCACGCGCCCUCGAGUGCGAACAUCUUUGUACAGCUUGCGCGCUGCACUACUCCAGCGCCAGCAGCCACUGCACCGAUUCUAUCUGUUCUAAUCCCGAGAUUCAGCAAUGCCACUUCAACCAACCCUGUGGCCAGCUUCACCACCACCCGAAGAAUCAGUACAGAAGUUCUGUCCCGGAGGAGGAUAGAGGCGCAAAAGCCUAUUCGGAAGAGCGCUCUUCAACAACAGAAGCAGACGCGCGCGUUUACUGUUUCGGCGGCACGGAGGCAGACAAGAUGCGUAUAUAAUCCGCAGAAGGACGAGGAGGGGAAGGAUAUGGUGCUUGAGAUCACCGACAGGGCCGGCAAACGCCUCGCCGACAUCAUGAAGAAAGAUAACAACCCGAACCUCGCGUUGAAGAUACAAGUCGAGAGCGGUGGCUGCCACGGAUUUCAAUACUUGAUGAGCCUCGUGACGCUACCCGGAACUGAGAACGCUGAGGAUUGGUCAAAGGUUGUGGGUGAGGACGAUACUGUGUUCCAGUACCUGCCGGAUGAUGCCGAUGCUUCGAGCGCGACGUUUGGGGGCCCGAAGGUUGUCAUAGACGAGCCAUCUCUGGACCUGCUCAAGGGCAGUAAGGUGGACUUCACAAUGGAGCUCAUCGGGUCCCAGUUUAAAAUUACUGAUAACCCGUACGCCACAAGCAGCUGUGGGUGCGGCACCAGCUUCGACAUCAAGAUUUAG